AAGACCCUUGUCUAGCCAGAACUCUCAGAAAAGAGAAACCCAACAAGUCAUGUAUUUAAUUGUUCGAUCAUUUUUCCUUCUCCUGUGCGUUGGCGGAAUCCUGGCAAAGGGAAAGAAAAACGAUACGGAUAUUGAUAUCGAGCCCCGUAUUGUGGGCGGCACACGGGCCACAUCCGGACAAUUUCCGCAUCAAAUCGCACUCCGUAACCGAGGCAGCUUCAUUUGUGGAGGAUCCAUCCUAUCCAAUAAUUAUGUCCUCACUGCCGCCCAUUGCGUCAAGUCAGGUAAUAAUGUAACUCCAGCCAGUCAACUCGAAGUCCAGGCCGGAAGUCUAACCCUUAGUGACGGCGGAGUUCGCGUGAAAGUGGCCGCCGUUACAGUGAACCCCUCCUACAAGGGAAAGGGACACGACGUGGCUGUGCUUCGACUAGAGAAGAACCUCGACUUCAGCUCUCAGAUUAAGGCCAUCAAGUUGGCCACCAGCGAUCCGCCCAACGAUGCCACCGUUGAAAUCUCCGGGUGGGGAAGGAUUUCCCAGGGCGGGCCCAUAUCCAAUAACUUACUGUAUCUUCGCGUGAAGCACAUAUCGAGAGAGACCUGUCAGCGAAGGUAUAUGCGCGACUUGUACGACACGACCAUGUGUCUGUUGCACGAUUCCAAAAAGGGAGCUUGCAACGGGGACUCCGGCGGACCGGCCACCUACGAGGGGCAGCUGGUGGGCGUCGCCAGCUUCGUUAUUGGUGGCUGUGCCAGGGCAGCCCCCGAUGGCUAUGAAAGGGUCUCCAAACUGAACCAAUGGAUCAGGGAAAAUGCGCAUUUGUAAAUGGACAAGGAAAGGAUCAAGAAAGGUUUAAUUUGAAAUUAUUGAUUUCAGUUUAAAACCCGAAAGAUCACCCCGAGCAGGUCUUCGAUUUUGUGUAAUUUGGUGAAAAGAAACAGCUUAAUUUAGGGAUGUGGUAUAGAUCGUAUUAUAAUCAAAUAAAAGGUAUAUCAUGAACAUUUA